AUGGGAUCCAUCACAGAUUCCUCGUCUGGACCCUACGAGGUUUUUUCCAAGCGCGGCCAAGCUGCCGUUGACCUGGGAACCAAGCGUAUAACAUGGGACGUGAUCAGCGACAUGUGGCAUCCUCAGGCCAACCCGAAUGGUAUCCUCUCUGUCGGGAUGGCAGAGAAUACAUUACUCCAUGACACACUUCUCGAGUAUAUCCACGACAAUUCUCGCUUUACGGCCUCUCUUCUCACCUACAACAAUGGAAGCAUGGGAUCCAAGGCACUUCGAAAGUCAGUCUCGCACUUCCUGAACAGACACUUCAGUCCCUUUCGCCCAGUGGAACCAAGUCACAUCCUAAUGACAAAUGGAUGUUCCUCUGCGAUUGAGCACUUGAGCUGGACAUUUCUGAACCCAGGAGAAGCAAUCCUCCUGAGCAAGCCGUACUACAGCACUUUCAUCGCGGAUAUCACCCUACGUCCAGAGGCGGUGGUUGUACCCGUGGAAAUGGGAGACGUGGAUCCUCUGAGCCUGGAGGCUGUCGACAAGUACGAGAAAGCGGCAAAGGAAUUCGAAGAAUGCACAGGGAAAAGAGUGCGGGCUAUCAUGCUCUGCAACCCGCACAAUCCUUUGGGUCGUUGCUAUCCUCGCACAACAGUCGACGGUCUAAUGAGACUCUGCCAGUCACGCCAGAUGCAUCUGAUUAGCGACGAGAUCUACGCACUUUCGGUAUGGAGGAACCGUGUGGAUAACGAUGUCACAUUCACACCCUUUGAGUCUCUUUUAUCGAGAGACACGUGUGGUUUGAUAGAUCCCGCUCUUGUGCAUGUGCUCUGGGGGAUGAGCAAGGAUUUCGGUGCCAACGGCCUCCGAGUGGGUGCUGUUAUCUCGCAGUCCAACCCGGAGCUGCAUAUCGCACAGAAGUGCUUGUCGCUGUACUCGUUUGUCUCUGGGCUGUCGGACCACAUCACAGCCUCCAUUCUUCAGAAUGAUGCUUUUACGGAUAAGUAUAUUCAGACAAAUCAAGAAAAGCUCUCUCUAUCGCACGAAUUCCUCGCCCAACUCCUGGACAAACAUGGCAUCGAAUACUUGCAUGGGUGCAAUGCUGGAUUCUUUUUGUGGGUGAACCUUGGUAAGAAGUAUAUUGAGCUUCAUCCGGAAGAGACUAGACAAGGUCUCGCGUUCACUGAUAUGGUAUUUGAUAAACUACUGAAAGGAAAGGUUUAUGUGGCCCAUGGGACUGCUUAUGGAUCGGAGAAUCCGGGGUGGUUCCGCUUGGUGUUUGCACAUCCUCUUCCCUGGCUGGAGGAGGCAAUGGCACGCAUUAUGCGUGCUAUUCAUGAACCUUGA